AUGCAGUUUCUUGCAGUUCUGCUUUUUAGCUUUCUCGUUUUUUCGGUUGCGGCAAAACCCGGAAAUCAAACGUCCCCAAUAGAGAGACAUCUUAAAAUACCCUACGGCUACCCUCGAAAAAUUGAAGACUACCCGUUUGCGGUGUCGAUGCGAAAGUAUUAUGAUGGGAGCGUAAAGCAUCACUGCACCGCCAGCAUCAUUGGGGUGAAUUGGAUUUUGACGGCGGCGCAUUGCGUCUGCGAGCAUCCAAUUUGCACAAGAUUGGACACCAUCAUCCCCGAUUACGUACUGGUCUACGGGGCGACCAAAGUUGGACCGGAUGCGGAUCAGGGCGCGAUUUACAAUUCAAUUACGAAGGCCCAUAUUCACCCGGAUUUUAACGCAAAACGUCUGAACGAUAUUGCGCUGAUCAAGACCAAGGACACGAUCAAAUUCUCCAACAAGGUCAAGCCCGUACAUCUUUGGAAGAAUGUCCCCUCCUAUAACCUGGACAGAGUGGAGAUUAUCGGCUGGGGAGUGGCGAGGCCGGAUGCGGACACCCUCCCGGACCCCAAUCUCCUUCUCGGCUACACGACCAAAAUUUUACCGGCCGGAGAGUGCGAUCGAUUCCAGAUGCUGUGCGCAAAAGCCGGGCCGCUGCUCGACCACGGCGCGGGAGAUUCCGGAGGUCCCGUCGUCACCAGGGUCCAGAUGGCGCCCCCUGACUACACCUGGGUCCAGGUAGCUCUGGUAAGGUCAGGAUACCCGGAUGUGACGCAGAUGUGGCAUAACAUGAACACCGAAAUCGCACCCUAUUGCGAUUGGAUCUUCGAAAGACCGGCACCGACUUUUGCUACCGGGGCCCUGGAUAAUUUAAUGAAAAUUGUUGGUGGUGGCGAAAAAGAGAUUAUCGAUUAUCCAUUUAUGGUUUCAUUUCUGAACACAAGGAAUGGCAAAAUGGUUCCAAAUCCCUACUGUGGCGGCUCGAUCAUCGCCGAAAGAUGGGUGCUGACGGCCGCGCAUUGUUUCCGUACCUCAUACGACAAAAACGGCGAGCCGGUUGUCAUGGGCAGCACAAAUGUUGUGCGAGAGUUUAGCCCAGGAAAGCAGCAAUCGACGAUUCUAAACAUCUAUCAGCAUCCAGACUUCAAACCUAUAGUUGCCGAUACAUGUUGCGAUAUCGCGAUUGUUGAGCUAUCCUCCUGGCUAAAUUACACAGACUCGGUUUCUCCUCUAAAGUUGUGGAAAUCACCAAUUCCGGCAAACAGUGAAAUCGAAAUCCUGGGAUGGGGUCGGAGAAACUGGACGACCCCUUCUUCUCCUCAUCUAUUCGGCUUCAAAACCACCCUGAUACCCGAGCCAACAUGCGACGGAGCGGACGCGCAGCAGAUUUGUUUCCGCACUGAUGCUGCGGGAUCUGUGUGCAUGGGAGACUCCGGCGGUCCCGUCGUCAGCAAGAUAACUCAAGGUGACGGGAACGGGUUCUGGGCCCAGAUAGGCGUAAUUUCUGGUACCUCGGAGCCGAAUUGUGGAUUCCAGAGGGAACAUACAGGAGUUGCUGUCGACAUCAUCCCAUUCUGCGACUGGAUCCAACAAGGAGACUCUGGAGGUCCUGUCGCCGCUGAGGUAGAACUCUUUAAACGCCGAAAAUUCGAAUGGGUCCUGGUCGGCGUGCACAGUCAAAACCCGCAGGGGGACUGUAAAUUCGAUCAAUUUGGCUACGGCAUUGCUAUCGAAGUCUCGAAGUACUGCGAUUGGAUCCGAGGAAUGUCCGCAAACGAUUUUUUCGGAAUUCUUACAAUAAGAUACAACGCAAGCCACUGGACGGCGAUUGCUGGCACCAACCACAUUGAUGAAUGGGGAUCACCUGAGCAGCAAGCGCGCGUCGAUAACUUUGUCAAAUUUCAGCUCAUCGGACCGAUUGCGCAGAGCAUCUGGACGAAGAAUGUUGUGCUUUGGAAAAAUGUGCCGUGGCACCUGGUCAAAGAAGUGGAACUGCUGGGAUGGGGAAGGACGGCGGCUGAUUCCGACACCUCCGCAAAGCUUCAAGGAUAUUAUACGCGAAAAGUCCCCGAUGAACGUUGUCGAGAAGCAAGGUUGUCCACGAUGUUUUGCACGGCAACCGGGCCUGUCAUCGGAACCUGCAUGGGGGACUCUGGUGGUCCAAUUAUUGCCCGAUUGGAGUUGUUCAAGAAGCGCUUCGAGUAUGUACAGCUUGCGGUUGCGACACGCGUUGACGCAUACUGUGAAUGGAUUCGAACUGUGACCGGGACCAAUUUUUGCUAUGAGCAUACACAUGGGGUUUGG